AUGACGCACUUUCAGGAUUUGCAUACGCCGCGACUGUUGCUGCCGGUGGUAUUAUGGGCUACGCCAAAGCAGGCUCUAUUCCUUCUCUGGGAGCCGGGAAUUAUCUUUGGAUCAAUUUUAGGUGUUGGAGCAUACCAAUUAAGUCAAGAUCCCUCUAAUUAUACAUUAAUGCUUGGAACAACUACAACUUUGGGUGGUUUAAUGGGAUAUAGAUAUUACAAUGGCAGGAAGUUCAUGCCGGCAGGUUUAAUGUUUUGUAUGUCAGUUGGUAUGUUAACUAAACUAUUGGUUAAGAAUGUAGGAUCUAAUAGGUUACCUGUUAAGACUGGCUAA